AUGUCUCUCAAGCCUCCCAUCAUGCAGAACCUCUUCUUAUUCUUCUUGAUGGCCAUCAUUGCCAACAUGGCGAUGGUCGCCUUGGCCUCGCCUCUUGCGGCUCGUGGAGAUGCUCCGCCUCCCGAGGGAGAGGGCCUCACCUGGUGCACAAAACAGGAUGACAAGACUUGCACCGUAGGCAUCCACAACAACUUCGACACUCUCGAGAUCGAUGCUUACAUCUUCGACAAGGACUGUAACGUCUACGCCAGCACCGACGAAAUCCUCACUGACUCGCUCUACAACAUCAACUGGAAGGAUGGCUCCGGCAAACAGCACACCGGCUCCAUAUAUGUCCACGACGUUACUGGUGGUAGCGAUGAGUUCUGGUUCGACGGAGGAGACCACUACGCGGAUGGCUGGACCUACGAGAACCCCCUGCCUGUCUAUUACGAGUACCGUGCAUUUCGGUGUGAGUGA